AUGGCCGUGUCUGUAGCGAAUUACCAAAGCGAACAAAAUGUGUCAAAAUUGAAUUCCUUAGGAUAUGAUGACGAAAGUGUUUCAUUAGCAAAAAAAUUUUUACCUUCACAUUCGCAAAAAUCUUCUCGCCUUCCUACUUUUGAGGUGUUACAUCAAAAUGGUUCUGGGAAUUCCCAACGUAUCCUAUCACAAGGAAAUGUACGUAACAACGCUAAUAUGGGAUCUCAUCGUCACAGUAUGUAUUGCGGUGAUCCUUCAUCUAAUUUACAGCAACAGUCGCCUUCACAAAAUCGUAAUGGAUGUAAACAGUCUUUUUCACAAAGUCGUUUAGAAAAAAAGAGGGCUUCUAGUUUUAGUAGUUUUAGUAGUUUUAGUGAAAAUUCCAGAAAAUUCAAAUCAUCGCAAAGUUUUAAUUCUCAAUUACCCAUAAUUACACUGCAGAAAGUUGAUAAACAACCAAUUUCACCUCAACAGGGUGAAAAAUCUUCUCCAAUUUCUAAAUCUCCUAAAUCAAUACAAGGUUCUGAACAAUUAUCUAUUCAAUCACAAAAGCCAUCACAGCUUACAGGUCAAGAAAAGUCAUCGCAACAUACUGAUCAAAAGCAGUCUUCUAGCAAUUUAGAUCAAAAACAAAAGAAAUCUUCUACACCUGACCAAAAUAAUAAAUCAUCUAUUCCAUCUACUGCAAAUCAGAGUUUGGAAUUAACGUCACCUAAAAAUCUUGAUCAAAAACAUUCUAAAGAACUCUCUCAAUCUACUAACAAAGAUACAAAUGACGAUACUGACUCAAAUAUUGUUACCUCUACUGCUAAU